CACAUUUAGAAAACCCUAAGCCUAAAUCCAGUAUACCAAAUGUUUUUAAAAAAAAACAGCACUUACCAGAUCCCUAAUUCCAGAAAAUCGCACCACCAAAUAAACCCUAUACACAAAUUUCGUGAAGCUCUUGCAAUUUCGAAGAAGUUUCCAAACGAAAAACGAAAAACGUGAAACCCUAAAACCACAGUCCACACACGAAAAACAACCAAUUUCUUGCAAUUUUGUACUUACCACAGUCCACAAACGAAGCUCUUGCAAUUUUGAAAAUGGUGUUAUUGGUGCUGUUGGGGUUAUGGUGGUGGACUGGUGGAUUUGAUUCCUGAAUAAGUCUGCCAAGGCGUCGUGGAUAUGGAACCCAGGUGAAUGUAUGCUAAGAUGAUUGUUGCUGCCCCUGUUCGGUUUUCUAAUUUCUGUAUACUCUCUGGUCAUGUACUGUUUAUUUUCUAAUUUUGCUGGUGCAGAGAGGACGAAAGUUCUAGUUGGUUCUGGUAGUCACAUUGGCGAAAAGCUCGAAGAGGAUGCCUCUAGUGGGUUGGCCAUUGACGGACGUCGGCGAAAACUCUGCUACAUUGUCCAGGUGCAGAUUCACAAGAAAUGAAAUUUAUUGGUAGAAGGAGAGGUGCUUGUUGAGUUGAUGCAUUAUAUAAAGCUAGCUGUGAAGAGGAGCUAACAGCAAACAGAACCGCAAACAGCAACAAAGACAGGUUCUACCUUUCCAAACAAACUUCCUCUACUAAACGAAUAAGCUACCCUAGAUAUCGAUCCUAUCGAUCCUUUAACAUGAUUGAAUGUUAAAAGCAAGAGGGAGUUGGACUACCAAAUUUGAUCCUGCUGAUUUUAAUGGACAAAUGAUACUCCAAGCCGAACUUAUUGGAUUUGCCUCUUACCAACCAGCUUAUCUAAAUUUAAAUUUCGAAGAAAACAACAUCUUAAACGGUGUUAAUUUUGCCUCAGCGGCCUCUGGUUACCUUGAUUCCACAGCCACGCUAACUCAUGUGGUUUCACUAAGCCAACAACUGGAGUAUUUCAAAGACUGUCAGAACAAAUUAGUUAAAAUAGUAGGCCAGGCAAAUGCAACAUCAAUUUUAAGUGGUGCUGCUUAUUUUCUUGUUGCUGGAAGCGUAGAUUUUGUACUCAAUUACUACAUGAAUCCAGUGCAAGAAAAGAUUUAUACUCCAUACCAAUUCUCAAACAUUCUUUUGGAAUGUUAUACAAAUUUCAUUCGGAAUUUAUAUGAAUCGGGAGCAAGGAAGGUCGGUGUAGCAUCAUUACCUCCGAUAGGUUGUUUGCCAAUAAUUAUCAGUUUUUUUGGCUUCCAAAAUACAUGUGUGGAAAACAUAAACAAAGUAGCUAUUGAUUUCAAUGGAAAACUUGACAUCACUUCAAAGAAGUUGCAAAAUAUGCUUCCUGGCCUCAAAUUGGUCAUAUUUGAUACUUUUCAACCUCUUUAUGAACUUAUCACCAGACCUACUGAUUAUGGAUUUUUUGAAGCAAGGAAGGCAUGUUGUGGGACAGGCGUGCUAGAAGUUGCAAUAAUAUGUAAUCCAAUGUCCGUAGGAACGUGUGUUAAUGCGUCAAGAUAUGUAUUUUGGGAUAGUUUUCAUCCCACUGAGGCUACAAACAAAGUGUUGAUGGAUCGUUUGACUCCUAUUGUAAUGUCCCUCUUAUUACCCUAAUAAAACACUUUUGUAAUCUUCCCACUGUUAUUAUUAUUCAAUAAUAUGAUCUUAUAAUGCUAGUUACUAUGUAGUGAUUCUUUUAUUAUUUUUUUAACAUAUAUAUACACCCAUUGUUGAGGGUAUCAUUGAUUCAAAUAUCUACACAACUACA